AAAGCCAUGGAUUGUGGUGGAAGGGAAAUCACAAAUACCAUACUUGUUGAUCGAUAUGGCAAAGGAGAAUUCAAAACGGUUCAAGCUGCCAUUGAUUCGAUAAAGGAUAACAAUGAUCGAUGGGUCAAAGUUCAUAUAAAUGCUGGUAUAUACGUAGAGAAAGUUGAAAUCUCCUUAUACAAGUCUUGCGUCUUCUUAGAGGGUGAUGGCAAAGAUGUCACGACCAUUACAAAUGAUAAAGACACUGCUGCUACGUUCACUUCUUCACCAUCCAAUGUUAUUGUACAUGGCAUUACCUUCAAGAACUCAUUCAAUCUGGUGGGACAAAGACCAAUGUUACCCGCAAAGGCAGCAAGCAUCUAUGGAGACAAAUCUGUCUUCUAUAAGUGUGGUUUCAUGGGUUUACAGGACACUUUGUUUGAUGCAAUGGGACGCCAUUACUUUAAAGAUUGUUAUAUUCAAGGUGAAGUUGACUUCAUUUAUGGUGGUGGUCAAUCUUAUUAUGAGGAUUGUGCAAUCCAUGCCACGCAAGGAAAAUCUCCUCCGGGUUUUAUAACAGCCCAAGCCCGUGAAUCAGAAAAUGAUACAAGUGGUUUUGUAUUCAGAAAGGGAUUUGUAUAUGGGAGUGGUCAUAUAAAUCUUGGAAGAGCCUAUCGAAAUUACUCUAGAGUUAUAUUUCAAGAAACAUACUUGUCUUCGGUAGUAACCCCAGAAGGAUGGAAUUCAUGGAAUUACAAGGGUCAUGAGUACAAGUUUACUUAUGCUGAGGUCAACUGUACUGGUCCAGGGGCUAAUACUUCAAAACGCUUGUGGGAAAAGAAACUUACUUCCUCAGAGCUAAAUGAAUUUUCUUUAUCUUCUUUCAUCAACAAAGAUGGGUGGCUUUCCAACUUACCAAUUAGCUUUUCGUAA